GAGAGAGGGUGGGAAGGGAGAGGGAGGGAAGGCACCGGAGAACAAGAGCAAACCAGUAAAAGAAAAGGAAGGGGCAGGAGGGGGAAAGGUUAAAGAGAAAAGCAAGGAGGUGGAGAAGCAAGGAAUGACCAAAAGAAAGAGUGGCAUGAAUCACACCGCCUCUACCCCAUCCUCUGUGGCCCGACCCCGGAGCUCUGCCCGCUCUGCCCGGCCUUCCACUAAAAAGGACAUCAUAGCAAAGUUCCAGAAAAAUGACUCUGAGACACCGGUUGUCUGCAACUUCAAACUUCAGAGAUCAUCUAUGGCUGUGGCAAACGGGGGGUCAAUCAAACAGAAAGUUCUUUCCUGGUGUCAAAACAAAACACGCAAGUACGAGGGUGUUUCCAUAGAGAACUUCUCAUCAUCGUGGUGUGAUGGGCUGGCGUUCUGUGCACUCAUCCAUCGCUUCUUCCCGGACGCUUUCGACUUCUCAGCCCUGAGCUCAUCUGAGAGAGAGAAGAAUUUCACCCUGGCCUUCAAUACAGCAGAGACCAUGGCUGACUGCUGCCCCCUGUUGGAGGUUGGUGAUAUGAUCCUGAUGGGGAACAGCCCGGACCCUAUGUGUGUGUUCACCUAUGUCCAGGCACUCUGCCAUCACCUCUCCAAAAUAGAGAAGGAGAGGAAGGACAAAGAGGAAGAGGAGAAGAAGAGUGAAAAGAUAAAAGACGAAGAGGUAGAAACCACUGCAGAGAAGAAAGAGGAGGAGAGUGAGGAAACUGGGAAGAUAGAUGGUCAACAAGAGGAGGGAGAUGAGGGAAGGGAGACCGAAGUAAAAGACGGGAAAGAGAAUGAGAGUGAGGAGAGCUCAGCGGUAGAGAGAGAGCAAGAGGGAAGAGAAGUUAGAGGGUUAAUUGAAGCACAGGCUUAAGCUAAUGCUAAAGACAUGGGAAAGAGAUUCAAAUAAGCCACAUGAUGAAGUAUAGUUUUACAGUUUGGAACACGACAAGUGUUUAGCAUGUAUGAGCAUAAGGUGUUAAGGUUUGGGAUUAUACUCAGAUUCCAACAAUGUGUGUAAAUUGUAACCUGUUGUGACUUUUUAAACCAUGUUUAACACAUGCUGUGUUCUUUCCAAUUUCAUUAUCAUGUCUGUUGUGGAAGUUUGUGCACAGAAAAAUAAAACGUCAAUGUAUAUUAUAAUGAAUUAUUUUGAUUUCUUUUUCAGAAAGACAACCUAUGUAUGUUUUUAUUAUGGGUAAAGUUAUUAAGUACGGCUGCACUGCAGCCCAAAUAAGGAUUCAAAAGGCUCUUGGGUUUACGAUUGAUCUAUCUUGAAUAAAAAAUAUAUUUAAAAUGA